UAGGAGGACAUUAAGAUAAAGAUAAAAGAAUCUCAUUUUAUAUUCCCUCAGUCAGCAGCCACUGAAGGGAAAGUGAAUCAGAAGAGUUGCACAAAACAAGUAAAACUUGCAUUUAAUUUUCACAACCUCCAAGUCCAACCUACCACUCCCCCCAUAUCACCACCAGUCCACCAUCCUCUUACCCAUUUCCCCAGGCAUUCUCCUUCUUCUUUCUCAGCACUCAACUCAAACCCUAGAAAAUUCCACUAUAAGAUAUAUAAAUACCCUCAAUAUUAUACUUAUAUAUCAGCUUUCUUGAUAUUUCUCUCUAUAUGGGUUCAUCUAAAAAGAAACCUUGGUAAAUCCAGCACAAAAAGGGUAAAAAAAAGUUACAGCUUCUUUAGCUCAAAUCAAGCCAAGAUCAAGAAUGGGUACUUUAUCAACAUUCAGGUACCUUACAGUGUUCUUUUACUUGUGUUUUUACUUCAGAAUCAGCCUAUCUGAGGAACAAAACAUGUCAUUUGAUUUUGAGAAUUUUGGUAAAGAUUCAAACUUUAAGCCAGAACUUGCACUUUAUGGUGAUGCUAAGGUUGUUAAUGGUGGUAUACAAAUGAGUGGUUCAAUGGGUUUUAGUUCUGGAAGAAUCUUGAAUAAGAAACCCAUUAAGCUAGUGGAGAAAAAUCCAAGAAAAAUGGUGUCUUUUUCAAUGCAUUUUGUCUUUUCCUUAUCAAGAGAAAAUGGGGAUGGCUUUGCUUUUGUAAUGGUACCAAUUGGAUAUCCAUUUAAUAUGUUUGAUGGUGGCUCAUUUGGGCUAUUGGGUGUUAGAAAAAUGAAGUUUCUUGCUGUGGAAUUUGAUACAUUCUUGGAUAAGAAAUAUGAUGAUGUGAAUGGAAAUCAUGUUGGUGUUGAUUUAAGCAGCUUUGUAUCUGUCAAAGUAAGCAAUCUUAGCUCUGUUAAAUUGAGGCUGAAUAGUGGUGAAAAGUUACAAUCUUGGAUUGAUUAUGAAGCAAGUUCAAAGAGAUUAGAAGUCAGAUUAAGCAAAUUAGGUGACAUUAGGCCACUUAAUCCAUUGGUUUCUUGCCCUAUUGACUUGUCAAGAAUGUGGAAAGAGGAAGAAUUAUAUGUGGGGUUAAGUUCUUCAACCGGAAAUUCCACUCAAAAAUGCAAUAUCUACUCAUUGGGAUUUAAGAUAAGGACUGCACCAAACUGGAUGCAUUCUGAGCCAUUGGAUCCACAAGCAUUUGAAGGUGAAAAAAAACAGUUGAAAGUACAUAGCAAAAGUGAUUGUGCUUUGAGAAUUCUUGGUGCUUUGCUUUUUGGUACUGGAUGUGGAGCAUUAGGGGCAUUCAUUGUGGUAAUUGUUUGGACCAUUUUAGGGAGUAGGAGGCCAGUGGCACCAGAAGAUCCAGCAGUGGAAAAUAAUAAUAGUAAGGAAUUUGAUGAGUACAAAAAGUUCAAUGUAGUUGUAGAUAAAGCCAUCGAAGAUGGUAAGAGUAAGAAUUUAGGUACUUGACUUAUUUGGGAGUUUAAUUUUGUUGGUUAAAUUGUCUGUAAUUAAGUUUUGUGCUAUUGUUCUUGUUUUGUUUAUGUAGCUGUAAUUUAAUGAUCAACUAUCCAAGUGUAAUCUGCUAACUAUUGCUCAAUGGUAUGGUCAUUAAUAUACAGCUUCAGAUUGGAAGACUGAAGUCUUACUAGUUCAUAAAUGUUUCAAGGUUUUUACU